GCGCUGCUGCUAUCUCCUUCGCUAGCGUUGUAGCCAAAACACCUACGGGUAACUUUGGAGGAUCGAGGACUGACCUAAAUAUUUCACUUUUAACCGUUAUUAGAUCAUCUAUAAUGGAGAAAAUUGGUUAUUGGGUUCCAGAAAAGAAGAGAAAGAAGCUCAACUUUGGAGAAUUAGCUGCUCUUUUUCGGCAAAGGGGAAUAGAACUUGUUGAGCUUGACCUGCAGAAGCCGCUGAGUGACCAAGGCCCAUUCUCGGUCAUCUUUCACAAGUUGACCGAUGUAGUUACACAGGCAGCAAAGGGAGACAACAAAGCAAGAUGUAUGAUAGAUAAUUUAGAGACAUACAUCAAACUCAAUCCCGAUGUGGUGGUCUUAGAUCCUCUAAGUGCAGUCAAGAACCUGAUGGAUCGCAACAUCAGCUACCAAGUCCUUCUAGAUUCCCUCCAAAGUAACCAUGAUAUUCACAGAAAAGUUAAAGUACCCAACUUUGUAGAGAUCCACACAACCAAAGAGACUGAGAUUAUGCAGCUUCUACGCAAGGCUCAAGUGGGAUUUCCUUUAGUAUGUAAGCCUUCCCAAGCCCACGGAUCUCUCAUUUCACACAAGAUGUCUUUAAUAUUCAAUGAAGCUGGGUUAAAGGACAUCAAACCACCUUGUGUAGCUCAAACAUUCAUCAAUCACAAUGCCUUACUCCAUAAGGUUUUUAUCAUUGGAGAUCAGUACUUUGUAGUGAAGCGACCGUCAGUGAAAAACUUCACAUUAGGAGGCUCAGGCCAGAGCACAAUAUUCUUUGACAGCCAUGAUGUAUCCAAAUUCAACUCAACAUCAUUCCUGAAUGAGCUUGAUGAGACCGAUGCUGCUCAUGUCAUGUUAGAGCCCUGCUCAGCAGUACUCAAAUCUCUGGCAGACUGUUUACACAAUGGCCUCCAGAUGUCUCUGAUUGGUGCAGACGUCAUUGUAGAGAAUGAUACAGGCCUUCACUAUGUUAUUGAUGUUAAUGCAUUCCCAGGCUACGACGGUGUGCCGGACUUCAUGCGGGUUUUGUUCAACUACAUCGAGAGAUUGAUAGAUUGUCCAAAGACAAGGGAACACCAUCCAUUCAUUCCUAGAGACACCAAAGCUAACCAAGAUAGUGUGCAUUUAACUAAUGGACUCACACCGAUACUCCAAGACUCGAGAGACUCGAGAGAAGAAGUGCCAGUCAAAGGAAACUGUUCCUUUGAACAAACUGUCAGCAAAACUGUGAAGAGACCACUCAAUGAUGUUGUUGAGAAUGGUGUGGACUCUGCAUGUAAGAAAUCAUCAUCUGUUGUUGUCAACGGCUGUGCCCAAGGGGCAAAUGGAGAAUGAAGGCCGACUGUUCGAUGCUUGAAGGAUCAAGUUGGUGCUGUCGUCUAAACAAAUUUUUCACUCAACCAGGAAACAGUAUCAGAGACUGCCCUCCUCUCUUCUUGUGACAGAAGAAACAAGACAACAAAGUCGUUUCUUUGCAAACAUCUCACUCAGGCACUUUCAGAAGUGGAUAUGCCUCCAGAUCAUGCCAUUCUGUUUAUUUUUGUAUACUUUUUCUUCUUCUUAUAAUCUGAAAUACAGGCAUUGUUCACAGAGCCAAGGACAUAGUACAAUUUACUUUGGAUUGGUGAUCUAACAUGUAGCAAGUCUUAGUACAUUUUCUGAAGCCUGCUAUAUGAGACCUGUGUCCAUACCAAAGUCAAACUCUACUCCAAAUGCAAAUAUUGGUCAUAUUACUAAGCAGGCUUUCACCAGGGGAUUUAUUUAUUGGAUCGAAUUUUUAGGCUGAUUUUCUCUUCUUUUUUUUCAUUUUGAAAUCACUCUACAUUUUAUGCCAUCAUUGUUUUUUAUUUUCUUUAAUAUUUUCAUACGACAAUAAAGCCUUAAUGUUUUGUUUUAGAGUGAGUUGGUUUGGGUUCUUUUCCUGUCUUUUUUGUUGUUAGGCAACCAAUUUGUCCUGAAGAAUGUCAUGAUGAAAUCAACACAUCUCUGUCCUUUGUUAAGUAUAUUGAAGGAUAUUUUGUAAUCAAAUUUAUUAUUAUGGCUAAAUAAGUUGUGGAUAUUUUGGACAAUAAUGGCAUAGGUGAACAUAUCGAAAACAUGUUUAGAGGGGGGAGGGGGGGAGAGGUGUUCAAUCUCUGAGGGAAUAGUUAUGUGGUAUGUGAGAUUGUAAAGUAUCUCUUCCAGAGAAAUGUGUGCUGUUCCAUGCCACACAUUUUGAGAUGCUACAAAAGGUGUUUGCAAAAUAAAUUAUUCCUAGAGACAUGAGCGGAAGGCAAGCAUUUAUGUUUACCUUCAUAGGGGUGAUAACACAAUGCAUCAGUAGUCAAAGAGGUAUAUGUGAUUUCAAAACACAUUUCAUUUUGGUGCAGAGAUAAAAACAAAAAAAGUAUCCAAGCUAGGAGGCUCCCCCUCCCAUCACCCAUCCCCCUCCCCCAUCUCCCCCUCCCCCACCCAUCCUCCCUCCCCACCCAUCCUCAAGGUCACCAGGAAGUAUUGAUUAACAUAACAGGGCCCAUGUCUUGAAGCCAAAUUUCAAAUUAGAUUAAAUCAAAUCAAACUUUUAAACAGUAGCAAAUUGAUGCAGUUUUUAAAAUAUGCAAGGGAAUUUCUGGGAAGAACAUCAUUCAACGUGUUGAUAUUCAGUUAUUAAUCAAAUUAUUAGCAAAUGGUCUUUGAUGGUAUUACUAACUUCUGUGAUAAUGUUUAGUUUGUUUCUAUUGUGCUUUGAACAAAGUUUGGUUUAAACGAAUAUGUAUGUGUCAAUGCCAGUUUAUCUGGCCCAAAGGCAAAUGAACCUAAAAAACAUGCAAUAACCUAGUGUCCAUUAUUUUGUUAAAACUCUUGGCUUCCAAUUUGUUGUGAAUGCUUUAAUAAUUUAAUUAUUUGUUUUGUAUGGUUUAAUUUUAUGGUUGUCAAUAAUGUAAUGUCUUCAAGACCAGUCAUGAAACUGCCCAAUGCAAGAAAUGUAUUAAUGUUGGCAGAGUUCUCUACCUUUGCAGCUUUUCAUAUCAAGAUGUAUGAAUGUUGUCUGGUAUGGUUUAUGAGAAGCUCACUCUCCAGUGAGAGUGGAAGUUUCCUAAUGUUAUGUAAGGACUGCUCAUUAAAGGAAAUAGUUGAAUCAGUUUUAGGCAAUGAUCCAAAACCUUUCCAGAUUUGUAGUGUGCAUGGUGCUUAAGAAUGUGGAAAGUGUGACCAUGGGUCAUGAAUGUGAUAUCAUUCAUUAAAUGGAAUAGAAAAAAAAUACUGAACAUGCAGUUUUCUUGAAAAAUGCUGGAGCUCAUUCCAAAGUGAUCUUUCCUGGAGUUAUGUUGAACACUCAGAAUGAAGAGAUUCAAGAUAUUUUGUUACAUCUUGGACUGAGGACUUCAGUUCUUUUCAGAUAGGAUCUAAACAUUUGCAGUUAAUGAUAGAUAGUCUUGACUUUUCUGUCUGGUGGUAAGGGAUUGUUUCUCCCUAAUGAACUUUCAGUUGUAAUGUUCAAUUUAUUUAUGUUUGUUUUUUGUCAUCUUUGAAGAGGCUCUGGCUGUUGAGUGGCACAUGUGAAUGUGCUUUAUCAAGUCAGGUGUAAAUAUAUCUACCCCUACCAGUGGCUUUCAUUUUUCAUGGUGUAAACAUAUUUUGAGAAAAGCAUGAUUUCAAUUUCUUUUUAUAACAUUUUGUCUGAAUUCUGAAGUGUAAAAGAAGAGGGAAAAUUAUGUGCAAUUUUUUACAUUUUGAUGUAUAAACACAUAUGUACAUGUAGACCUGUGAUGAAUUAUUUUUUGCUAUCUAAAUUUAUCCUCUGUACAAGAUGAUCGCAGGAUACAAUAAAAUACAUGUUAUCAAGCUA